CUUUUAAAAACACUUCACACUCUCUCUAUCUUGCUCAUUCUGCUCAGUUCAGAGUACUUGUACAAGUAACAACCAUGGGAAAUGUGCCUCUCAUCCUUUUCCUUCUGUUCCUGUCUCUCUCACCAGGAGGGAAUCUGAUCAUGGGUAAUGAGCAGAAAACCUGGUGUGUGGCAAAGCCUUCAUCAGAUCAGGCUACCCUUUUGUCCAACCUCAAUUUUGCCUGUUCUCAAGUUGAUUGCAGGAUUCUGCAGAAAGGCUGCCCCUGCUUUUACCCUGACAAUCUCAUGAACCAUGCUUCCAUAGCCAUGAAUCUCUAUUACCAAUCUAAGGGAAGAAACCACUGGAAUUGUGAUUUCAGGGCCUCUGCCCUCGUCUCUUUCACUGAUCCAAGUUAUGGAAACUGCAUUUACGCAUAGAAGGCAACUAGUGAAGUACUAUCUGCACCAAUGUAGGCAAAAUUGGUUUGUACUUUGUAAUUGUAUUAGGUUGCCAUUGUCAACCCAUAAUAUAAAUGUAUGCCGCAUAACACGUAAUCAAAAUUUGACCUUUCAUAUA